AUGGUACAACAAUUUGAUGGUCUUGAAUGCAAAAAAGAAUGGGGGAUGGUUAAACAUGUUAUUAAAUCUGUUAAAAAAUAUGAUAUGAUAGAAGGAUGGCAUCAUAUUUGGAAUUCUCAAUCUCAGUCUAUUAAUCAAUUUCCAAAUAUUAAUAUAUUAGUUAAGAUUGCUUUACUAGUUCCGUUAUCAAAUGCAAUUGUUGAAAGAGUGUUCUCUCAACACAAAUUAACAAAAACGAGUUUACAUUUUAAUUGGGAUAAAGCAUUCAAUCAGUGGGAAAAAGAACAAGUGCGACGGGUUAAUCAUAAUUAA